GUAAAAAUGGCUGCGCCCUGAGUGUAUGUCGCUAGCAACGCCACUUCCGCAUUUCUUUUUGCCCUGGAAAAAGAUGGCGGAUGAGGCCACCCGACGGGUCGUGUCUGAAAUCCCAGUGCUGAAGACUAACGCCGGACCUCGAGAUCGGGAAUUGUGGGUGCAGCGACUCAAGGAGGAAUACCAGUCCCUUAUCCGGUAUGUGGAGAACAACAAGAAUGCAGACAAUGAUUGGUUUCGACUGGAGUCCAACAAGGAAGGAACCCGGUGGUUUGGAAAGUGCUGGUACAUCCAUGACCUCCUCAAAUAUGAGUUUAACAUCGAGUUUGACAUUCCUAUCACAUAUCCCACUACUGCUCCAGAAAUUGCAGUACCUGAGCUGGAUGGGAAAACAGCAAAGAUGUACAGGGGUGGCAAAAUAUGCCUGACUGAUCACUUCAAACCUUUGUGGGCCAGAAAUGUACCCAAAUUUGGACUAGCUCAUCUCAUGGCCCUUGGGCUGGGUCCAUGGCUGGCAGUGGAAAUCCCUGAUCUGAUUCAGAAGGGCGUGAUCCAGCACAAAGAGAAAUGCAACCAAUGAAGGAUCAAGUUACUGAGGCAGGACAAAAGAACCUUUGUCCCUCAGGCUAUGUUCUGUUUUCUUGUGCAUCACUUUUCUUACUCUUUAGACUGCCUCCCCUUACACCCCUCCAUUUCUGGUAGCUUCUAGUAGAAUCUGCAGCAGACAUUGCUGUGGUUAAAACCCAACAAAUGUUGCCACUAAGUUUCUAAGUUAGGAUGCACAGAGUGGAGAAAGACUUGAGUCUUGAAACACCAAGAGGCAGUUUAUAUCCCUUCCCCCAAGGUCCUCAGUCUUGGAGGCAUAGGUAUAACUGACAAUGAGUGCAUAGCCCUUUUUGGUUUCUGGAGUCAACCCAUCAAUAAAAGCUGCUUCCUGUCA